AUGUGGAGGUCCUUCGUGGGUGAGCAGACCUUUGUCUCCGAGUACUUUCGGUGAGUUUUUUUGUUGCUUUUUGAAAAGUAUCCGUAUUUAAGUACGUGCCGACUGAUAGUCCUAUAUUUUUAAAUUUAGAAAGAAGUGAAAAAAAACAUGUUUUAUAACAGUCCGUCGGGAAAAUAAUGAGCACUCUGUCGCAUCGAAAGUCACAUCACCGCCGGGAAAGCGAAUUGUCUCGCGACAAAAUCAAAUUGCUUUUCAUUCCAGCGACGUGAUCGGCGACAAUUUUGUUCAUUAUUGUCUCGACAGAAUGAUCGUAUAAACCAUCGAAAUUUCAAAAGCGAACUUGGUUUGUUACAUCUGAUGUAUCAGUCUGUCGGGAAAAUAAUGUGGAUUUGUCGCGCCGUGAAAAUCCCCCAUCAUCGUUUUGAGACGGUAGCCGCGACUGGGGACGGAUAUCUCGACUACGGCGUGGCGAUACAUUUUUCUGCGAAAAAAUCCGCAUUAUUUUCCCGACAGACUGAUGAAAGCUUCUAACGGAAAGGAAAUUAUUUUCGGUAGAAUGCUGACUUUUUUUGGCUGUCCUGACUUUUCUGUACUGUGCUUGUCGCAGAGAUUUCUCCGGCUUUAAAAAUGGACGAGUAUAUACCCUUACUUACCAUAAAAAAUGUUCUCUGCUUUUUUGCAAAUUCCCAUUUUUCCACAAACGAGGGGAAUUUUUCUUCAGGCAAUUAUCCGAAUUUUUGUGUGCGACAUCUGUGCCAAUCGUGUUGUUAAAGUGAAAAGAAAUUUGAUUUUGUCGCGACACAGUUCAUUUUCUCGGCGGCGAUGCGAUUUUGGCUUUGACAUUAUGCUCAUUAUUUUCCCGACAGACUGAUUUUACUAUUUUCAUAAAGUACGUAGACUCUUCGUGGCUCGGCGAAACCCUCCACUUUGCACCGUGCAUUUUCAGUUUUUGCACUGUGCAUCAGAGAUUGCACUGUGGAAAUCGUAAAAAAAGUUGAUGCACUUUCCGAAAAUACCAAUACAAUGUUCAUCGAUAACACAUUCGGGCGCCCGGCCCGCACGCAAUCAACAUGUCGUGGCGGCGCUUAGAAUGUGGGAAAGAAAAAGGGGUAGAAUUGAGAGUAAUACGCCCGGAGGGGUUGUCGGGGUAACCACGUAGAACGUCGGGCGGCCUGAGACGAAAUUUCUCCUUCUCACGGCGCCUAAUGAUAUGUCAUUCUGAGCGCUCGUAAUUGCGCGGAUUUGCAUUUUUGGGAGGGGCGACAUGUUAUACGACGAGAUUUUUGGUCAUUUCGGGGAAGGGGAUGAUAACUGGGGAUGAUUGGGGAGGAUGACGUCAUUAUAAAAUCUGGUGAGAAAAGGAAUUCCGGAUAUGCUUGGAAAGUCUCUUUGAUGUUAUUGUUAUUACGAACCUAUGACUACAAUAACGCCAACAGUGGCUAUUUUAGGAGAGUGGGGGUGUGAAAUACCAUCAUUCUACCUCAGGGUAGAAUGAAUAACUUUUGAAGCAUUUGUGAACUAUAAAAUGCUAAUUAUAAGAUUGUAUUUUUUACAACCUCUAUUCAUAAAGAUAUUGCUGUAAAAAUGUUUGUGGCAUUCUCAUGCAUCGACAGGGUUUUACAAAAAACGUGAAGGAUAGUCGGAGUGGAAAUGCACCUACUUCAGAAGGCCGUAGCGACCUCAGUUCGCACUUUAGAAUCUUGUUGUUUUAUAGACCAAAAUUAAUGUUGCUUAAAAAUACAUAUUUCAAAAACAAAGUCUCUGCGCCGCCUCCGCCGGAAGAUAUGGCCUUCGACAUUCCUUCACGUUUUUUGGAAGACCCUGUAUUUGUUCCUGGCUUCUCAUUCAUAUACUCUUUUGCAAAUGACAGAUCGACUAACUGAGGAAUUUCCCCCAUUUUUACAUGUCAUAAGUUUAGAUUAUUUUCUUAGAAAACUUCUGUCAGAUUCCUGCACAGCGCAUUGCGAAAACAAGAAAUUUUUGGGCCGAAUUUUGGUCAAAAAUGCGAAACUUUUAUGUGGAUUUUGGCCUGAAAAGCUUCAUGGUUAUAUAUUUGUAUUCUGAAGUGUAAUGCAUCCACAAAAAAUAAGUUUUUUCCAUGCGAAACUGGCAAAGAUAUGGUCAAAAAAAGUUUUUCUCUGUGGCUUUCCGCCUUUUGUGCACUCUCUCGGCCGCAAAGAUCGUUGAAUACCUUGACUCUCCCUGCAAAUCACAAGCUAAAAUUUUCGGGAAUUGAUAUGUGGCCUAGGUUGAAACCAUAAGAAAAAAGUAAAGAACAACAUGGUGAAACAAGCCAAGGGAUUUUAUAUAUGUAACUUUGACUACAAACAGUUAACUGCGGCACCAAUUCCUUACAAUUUUAUGGGAGCUACCAGUUUAUAAUAUAAACCGGGCUUAUCCCUAGGCACACAGGGGUAAUCUAAUAAGCGGAUAAUCUGCUUAUUCCCAAAAGAGUAAAGCUAAAGACUGAAACGGAAAUUUUUACCAUAACAUGAAUAAUAAAGGAGAAUAAUGCAAAUAAGUAUGGGUGGGCCCAAAUUUAUCCCCAAAAUAACAGAUUUGGGCUCAGCCGGUGAUCGAAACCGGGGCCUCUCGCACCCAAAGCGAGAAUCAUACCACUAGACCACUGAGCCGCGAUUUCUUUCGCUGCGCGCAUGAGAUGUCGCUUUAGGGGAUAGAGAUAAAAAAGGCGAAAAAUCAUGUUUGUUUUUCUCUGUCAGCUUCAUGAAACCCUUUUUUUUAUCUUUAUCCCCUUAGGCGACAUCUCGUGCGCGUGGUGAAGGAAUCGCGGCUCAGUGGUCUAGUGGUAUGAUUCUCGCUUUGGGUGCGAGAGGCCCCGGUUUCGAUCACCGGCUGAGCCCAAAACUUUUGAUGAAGUUAGUACAAAAUUAAUACAUUAGUACAAAAUUAAUACAUUUUUAAGCAACUUCUGACUUCAUUUUACGUAAUUCGUCAAAAACCUUCAUCAAUUUGAAAGUAAUGCUUUCCAAAAUAAGAAUUUCCAAAGAAAUCUCACAAAAAUUUGGGGUUUAAUGGCCAUAUUCAUCUUGAUUAUGCCAUUGACUUCCCGUGUAAUCAACUGGGAAUUUUGUUUUUGGCCGUCUGUAAACUGAUUAGGCCCAUUGUUUAUCCAGUAAUACGGCGACUUCAGAGUGUUUGGACCAGGUUUAUUAGGGCUGUUUUAAAGCUGUAGCAACUAUAGAAGGAGCGACAUUGAAGUGGUUUAUAAGGGGUUGAAUUUAGCUAGUUUUUUUGGGGUUUAGGUUAGGCAUGGCUCCGGGCCGGGCUUUGCAAAAUUUUCCGGCCCGGGCCGGGCCGACUAAUUUCUCGGCCCGACUCCGGGCUUCGAUUUUCAGGCCCGGCCCGGCCCGGGCCGGCCCGGUUUUUUUGAAAUUUGAGUUUUGCCCGGAAAAAAGGAAAAAUAAGCUUUUACGAUAGGAUUUUUCAUUUUUUCGAACACAAUGCUGAUAGCGAACGUAAAGUGACCGUAUGUACCUAGGUUUUGCUAAAUUUUUCUUUACAUCUUGCGAAAAUUUGCCAUAAUUUUCUUUUCAUUUCCCGCUUUCUUUCUUUCCAACCUAGUAUAAAAUUUUCCGGGCCGAACCGGGCCGGGCUUUCCAAAUUUCCCAAGCCCGGGCCCGGGCCGGGCUUGGAGAUUUAAGCCCGGGCCUGCGGGCCGGGCCGGGCCGGGCCGGGCUGGCCCGGUUUCCAGCCAUGCUUAGUUUAGGUGUGAGAAUUGAGGAGGCUUUGGCUGGCCGCUCACUGCUCCAUUUCCGGGUUGAAAAAAUUUGUCAUGGGAUUGUUAUGGCGGGAGGUCUGGGAAAUUGGUCAUUACAUUUUUUGUAAUAGACCUUCCAAGGCUGGGCAUAUGCUCUAAGCCAACUCCCGCCUUCUGAAGCAAACGUUCUUUCUGUUGUUCUCUAAACUUGACCUGGACGUAAUUAUGGGCCCGGCUCUGCCCGGCGAAUGGUUUAGUUGUGGUCUUGUAAAAGAGAAAAACGAACAUGAUUUUGCCAAAAGUUUUGGGCUCAGCCGGUGAUCGAAACCGGGGCCUCUCGCACCCAAAGCGAGAAUCAUACCACUAGACCACUGAGCCGCGCUUUCUUCGCCGCACGCGUGAGAUAUCGCCUCAGGAGAUAGAGAUAAAAGAGGGGGUUUUCGAGAGAGAAAAAAAAAAAAAAAAGGGGGUUUUGAGAGAGAAAAACGAACAUGAUUUUUCGCCUUUUUUAUCUCUAUCCCCUAAAGCGACAUCUCGUGUGCGCGGUGCAGACAACGCGGCUCAGUGGUCUAGUGGUAUGAUUCUCGCUUUGGGUGCGAGAGGCCCCGGUUUCGAUCACCGGCUGAGCCCAAAUUUUUUUGGAAAUGAACGUAAAUUAGAUCUAGUUGCAUUAUUCUCCUUUAUCACAUGCGAUGCUAAAGAUUUCCGUCUGAAUUUUUAUCUUUACUCUUUAAGAUCAUAAACAGAUCAUCAUGAAUCCUUUGUCUUAUAGAAUUUUCUAGGGCAUGCCAUCAUUCUGUGGGAGAAAAAUAGAAUUUUCUAAGACAUACUAUCUAUCAUUCUGUUGGAAAAAUAAUGAGUACCUUACCUUUGCCACUGCUCCAGCCGUUUUGCUGAAGGGAAAAGCAGUUUUAUUUUGCCCUGAAACAAUUUAUUUUGUGGUGCUUGAUGUGAGACAAAAAUAGCUUUGUAAAGUUUUUUUCUUGUUCAGGUCAAAAAUGUUGAUCGCAAUUGACCGCGAAGCUGACAAAACUUUCUCAAAGAUCAAGGGACACCAUUGUAAAAAAUUGUUAAAUUACCUAGGUAAAUUACCCCCACUUGCCAUUUUUUCUUCACCCCCGGCAAACAGUAUUUUAAAUCUUUUGUUAUUGUCUACACUGGUAUAGCUUUUAUACCUCCUCAGACAAAUUUGACUUCAAUUUUCCAGCUCCCGAUCGGACGAAGAGCAGACUUCGGGUUCCAAAACUCCGCCGCCGACUGCGUCGAAUUCAGAGGACGGACGGAGCCAUUCCACGAGUGACUUGGAGAAGCGGCUGGCUGAGAGUUCGAUAAACGACGAGAACGUCCUCAAGCCGGUGGCAUUCGAGUACAAGCCGAGGGAACGGAAGAUCGACUUGAGCAAACAGCACAUCAUGGUGGGUUUGGAGUUUGAGAAGAUUUUGGAGACUUUCGAAUACAAUGAUAAAUUCGGUAUAACGAAUUACGAGAGAUCAAAAAAAAAUUUUUAUAAAGCAUUUUUGUUGUAGGGAGGUUUAUUUUUGUCUAACGAGGCAAGCAUCAUAUACAGUAUAUACCUCAAAUGCGACUCUCAGAUUUUCUUUAAAUUUUGGGCACGCUAUGGACAUAGGUCACAUAACAAUUCCUGAAAAAUUUAGCUCACGAUUUGCAAGAUCAGCCGAGAUAUUCAACGAUCUUUAUGGGCGAGAGAGUACGCGAAACGCGGAGAGCGGUCGGAAAGAACACAUUUUUUGCCGUAACGUAGCGCUGAGAAAACUGAUUUUUUGUGGAGAUAUUGCCCUCUACGGUCUCUCUCGGCGUCAAAGAUCGUUCCAAAUCUCGGCUGCCCCUGCAAAGCGCGAGCUAAAACUUUCGGGAAUUGAUGUAUGGCCUAUACCCAAAUGUGUGCAGGAUUUGAAGAAAAUCUGAGCAUCGCAAUGGAGGGCAUCUCCCAUUGUAAAUGCCUACUUUCCAAUCAACUUUUUCGACCCGCUUCCCCCUCAUUUUCCAACCCAAAUUCCUCUAAUAAUUACCUUCCAUUUACCAUCACUCAAAUACGGGUGUCUAAUGAAAUAAUAAGCAAAAAAUAUAAUGUGCUAGGGGGCGAUUAUCGGAUUAUCGAGAGUCCGGAAAAUAAGAAUUUUUUUUAUUUUACCCGGCCCCGAUUAGCAGCAGGUGAAGUGGCGAGAAGAGAGAGGGGGCCUUGCAAUUCACUCCAUUAACUUCUUGACUUUACUUUUGUUCUCUCUUGCCACAUAUGGCGGUUGAGGAGUGUGGAGGGGUGGGGUGAUAUCAUUGGGGAAUUUUGGGGUGGUUUCUAGGGUGUUUUGAAUUGGGUUUUGUUCUAAUUGGCACCUGUCCAGAUUGGAUUUGUAAAUAAAUACUUUUCCGUUACUCCAAACAAAAAAUGAUUUAUGAAACUAGUUCGUUCGUAAAGUCGCGAGCGAUUUUUGCGACUUGAACUGUGCGAAAACGUCAGGGUGAAAGCGACAGCCAAAAUAGCCAUGGUUGGCGCGACUUCUUUUUGCAAUCGCAACGUGCACUUUUCGCGAGCGUGCCGUGUAUGUCGACGAAAGUAUUGUAUUUUACGUAUUUUAUGGACCCAUUAGUACUCAUCAUUCUCUACGGAGUGCGCAAGGUAUGGAAGGCGGCAGAUAAUGAAAGGGAUUUUUCCAUAUAUAUCUCUGCCAAUUUCGCGAGGAAAAUCUUUUUGUAGGAACGUCGCCUUUUCCUAUUGAAAAAAGGGGAAAACUUUUCAUGCAAUAAGCUUGCAAAAGGAUGUCAAAUUUAGGCUAAUUAUUCCAAAUCUGUCUUGUCGCACUCGAGGCAUUGCCUCUGUGAACUCCAUAGAAUUUUAAAAAAUAAAUGUCUAUUCUACUCUCUACUGUCUGCCAACUCCUUUCUAAAAUGCCAUAAUUACCCCUGAUAUGAGGAUUAGGAAAAGAGGGUUCCAUAAAGGUCCUAAAAGAGAGCUUUUAGCAUCCUAGGUAAAACGCCGCUGUUAAAACAACGAAUUAUCACCCAUUUAUUCGUGCGAUACGUUUUCAACGAAUAUAUAAGUGUUUUGUUCCUAGGCAGUUCCAAUAGCAAAGCUCCAGGUUCGCGAACCGGCGUAUGUAUAGCGAGAUGGGCAAGGCGAAGGCUACCGGAAUAAUAAUCAGAAAUGAGGACGUAGCCAAACCGGAGCCGAAGAAAAUUAAGGCAGGUUUUUAAACGCUGAUUAGUCAAUAAUCGAAACUUUACUCUACAAGGGAAGUACUCGAAGUGCGACGCUCAGAUUUUCUUUAAAUUUUGCACACCCGUCGGGUAUGGACUAAAUAUCAAUUCCUGAAAGUUUAGCUCGCGCUUUGCGGGCGCCGCCGAGAUAUCGAACGAUUUUUGCCGCCGAGAGAGCACGCUAAACGUGGAGAGCGGUCAGAGAGAAAAACGCUUUUUGGCCAUUACUUUGGCAGUUUCGUGCGGAAAAAUUUGACUUUUUUAGAAACAUUAUUCUUUACGGUAGAAAUAUGCAUGAAAAUUUUCGUGCCUAAAUUUGGCAAAAAGUCCUAAAUUUUCGCCGCCUUUCGAUCUAAAAAUCUCGGUUGUUUCUGCAAAGCGCGAGCUAGGAUUCUCGCAUAUAUGUUAGAAAAAAAUUCUAAAUUUGUGCCAAGUUUCAUCAAAAUCUGAGCGUCGCACUUGGAGUACUUCCCCUGUUAGUUUUUGUUGUCAGACCUACUCUUGGGUCGAGGAUUGAAGGCCCCUAGGGCUAUUUUACACGACUAGUAGGUCCUUCUAGCACGCUAAAAGAGAUAGAGCUGAAAACCGGCGACACAAAUGCUGGACUCACGGGUCUUGAUCCAGUUGGAGAAACGAGUUCCAAUAAAGCCACAAAAAGCUCAAUAGUUCAUACUGUUAAAAAAAUCAUACUGUCAAAAAAACGAAACAGUUAAAUUUUUCACGGAAGCCGGGAGUCAGAGCCGCAAGCUUGGCCUUGGCUCCGGCUCUGGGAGUUAAGCGCCGGAGUCAAAAUUUUGGUCAUCGCAAUCUCUGUUCCCCAGUCAUGUCUGCCGACCUCACAACCUUAAGCCUACGGCAAUGCUCGUCAAAUGUUUUUUUCGUCUUUUUCUCUGUAAGAAAGCUGAUUAACAUCUUUCUAUAGACACAAUUAAUUUCCAACCCUUUCGAAAUUCACUUCCUCUCCUGUCCAGACACCUCUAUACAAUGGGCAUACCAUUCAAAUUCGACGCACAUCCCCCCGGUAAUCCUCUGGAGAAUAAUUGCACCUGACUUCAUCAAGUGCAUCCGACUUUUCGUAGUUGUUUUCGAGAAGAGAAGAUAAGUUCACUCACCAAAUUGUAGCCCCGCAUUUGGCGAAACGAGAAAAUUUAGUACUGUGCUUUUGCCCGCUUCUCUGACGGUUAUUUGCGGCCAAAGUUGUAAUGCACAACAGCUACAAAGACUAGUUUAGCCAAGAAAAUUGUAGAAUGAAUGUGGAUUCGACGGUUCUCCGGCUAAUUCGGGUAAUUUAUCAGUUUAGUUUGCAAUUUAAAAAGCCAAAAUUCGAUUAUUCCUACGUUAUCAUGUGGCUUGACGAUUUCGAAAGGAUUGUUUCAAAAUUUGACAGGUGGCUUUCCGCAAUUGAAUCUACAAAAGCGGUCGAAUAAAGAGACAGUUAUUUGAAAGUUUGGGGUUUGAGGCCUUCAGAAUAUUUUAAUAGAGUUAGGGUGAAUGUUUCUUGGUCGAUUGUUCGUUGAGCGGACAGGAAUCGGUGCACAAGGUAUUCUAAGGGGCCAGAAAAUGGUGACCUGAGGUCCUUCUUCGCUUGUUUAAGGUCCGCAAAACUUGCCAGACCAUUAUUGGUAAUAAGUCGUUAUUAAAAACCAUUAUAUUUUCCUUAUAUUUUGUAUGAGUGCUCUUCCUCGGCCGUGCGUCAAUGCAUAAGGUCUUUAGCUUGCGCUUUGAAAGAAAAAUCGUUGUUGUAAAUCCAGCGUAGCAGAAGCUAUUUCCUGGCAUAGAUUUAAUCGAGGUGGCGUUUCGUCACAUAUAGAACUUUGGAUAAAAUUUUUGGCUGUUUUUUCUUGGCUAGCUGGGAAAGAAUACUUGCUUUCUGGUCACAAUUUUCUUGACUUUUUAAGACCAAUUUUGUCUGAAGUUCAUCAUAUAGUUACCUUCAUCGGCAAAUAAAAUCUUGUGGUCAAUCGACAGUGUGUGAACGAAACGUCAAACGCCUCAAGAAACUUGACAUUCGCCGGAAUAUUCGACGUUAUUAUUUCCUGUCAUAAGUCAUAAGCUUCUAAAAAGUUAACAUUUUUCUCAUCGUAUACCCUGACUUUAGUGUAGAUGAUGAGACGUCUGCUUAUAAAGAUUGUAAACAGAUCCACGUCUUGUUACGUAUGCAAAGCCACAUCAUCCAUGUAAAAAUUACCUUGUCAAAUGAGUCUAUUUUGAUAAAGAAUUCGGGGUUAGUGAAUGGAACGGGACGUUGAUGAAGUCUAUUCACCAUCGUAAAGUCGUCAGCUUUGGGUAGUCAAAGUAUUGAGCCUGCCCCUAACUUUGCAGCGGUAUAAAUACGCCAACUUUUGGGUUUCUGACUGUAAUACGUCUGUGGUUGUGCCAUGGGCAGUUUAAGGGCUAAGGUUGUUGAAGGGCCAUUGAAGCUUUUUUUGAACCGAGAUUUUAACGGCUUGCUAAAAGAAAUGUCAAAAAAAGGUUUUUUCAUGUCCCGCCGCGAAUGCAACGAUGGCAAAAGUUGGUAGUAGUAUAAAAAAUAUUAGUAAUCAUGUACUAGUCCUUUUACAAAGUCGCUGCGGUAAUUUUUGCUUUUUCUUGACUAUGAGAAAACACAAUUUCAGCUUGCACUGUGCAGCAAUUUGCUGAUUUUUGUAUCAUCCAAUAGACUUUUUGGGCUGUCACCCCGACUUUUUCUGCACAGUGUAAACGCCAAAAAUCACUUCAGUGACUUUACUAACUGAUCAUCAAAUUGUCGGAAAAAUAAUGUGUUUUUUAUAAUAAUAAUUUGUCACUGGGAAAGACCAUCAGCCGCCAGAACGGAAUAGUAGAAGGUCACUAAAUUUUUUUAUCAUCGUUAUUAAUACCUACAGUAGACCAAGAAGAAUUUUUUUGGACAUUUCGUUUCCCUGCCCAUAAAAAUCUCAAAUCUCGAUUCAAAAGUGGCUGUAAUGGCCUUAAAGGACCACAAAAACAUUCCUUGCUCUUGUUUGUUAAUUUUUUCCACCUCCAAUUUUAUCCUUCCCCUCUAAAAAAUCGCCCUUUCAGACCUCCGCCUCGAUGUUCGACAAGAACGCGCACUCGGAUCGGCCGGCGCCGGAGAUGCCGAGUACGGUGGGCAUCGAGUACCCGCGCGCCGCGUCCUGGUCCAGCAGCACCGUCGAGGAGAUUCUGCGCGACUCCAUCGGGCGGCAGGUCUUCCGCUGCUUCCUGUUCCAGUCCCUGGCCGAGGAGAACCUGCUCUUCGUGGAGGCCAUCGAGGAGUUGGAGAAGGACAAGGACGGGAAACACAUCCGCGACGGUAUCAAGGACUUGUUGAACAACUACGGGUCGUACAUAAACCUGAGCAGCAAAGCGAUGGCGGUGGGUUUUUGUUGACUUUGAAGAGGUCCUAUUUUUGGCCAUGAAAGGCAAAAAAACGGAUUAAAACAAUCCAGAUCGAAGAAGGAAAAAAAUGUCCAUGUACUUUAUGAAAAUAGGUACAGUGGGGGGGGCCUGAUCCAGUGGAAAAAACGUAAUAUUUUGUAUCCGGGAAGCAUCAAAAAAUGUGGCAAAAUACCUCCCUCUCCAAUUGAAAAAACUCAGAUUUUAAAAUUGCGCCCGCUCUUUUUGUGAGGAAAAAGGGUACGAACCUCCAAGACGAAGUUUUUUCACUUGGAGAGUGAGGCAUUUUCCACAUUUUUGAUACUUCCCGGAUUCAAAAUGAUAUGUUUUUUGCCACUGGAUCCGUUCUCCCAUUGUAUAGCGCAUUAGUUUUGCAGCUAUUUUUCUGUAUUCCACACCCUUUUCAGAUGCUGAAAGAAGCCGCCGAAGCCGAACAUCCCAAUCCGAAGGCGUUGGAAGUGGCUCACAAAGAGAUCUCCAAACUGUUGGAGAACGACCAGUUCCCUCGCUUUCGACGCUCCGCCAUAUACAUUGAAUAUUUGGAGCAGCUGCUGCCCAAGUCCUAUGCCGAGCGAUGGAGUCACAGUUUCGAAGCGCUACUGGGAAAUCAGGUGGGAAAUUUGGAAAGAAAAAAAAGAAAAAUUGAGAAAUGGAGUGGUUGAAAGGCGAAACUAAACUGGUAACUAGAAAAGGGUCUUUAACAAUAGAAUUUCCUAGGACAUACGAUCACUCUGUCGGCAAAAUAACAAGCACACUGUCGCAGCGAAAAUCGCAAGAUGAAUUGUGUCGCGGCAUUUAAAUUGCUUUUCAAUUCAGCAACCUGACCGGUGCUCAUUACUUUCCCGACAGACUGAUACUCGGACACUUUUAUCACGGAUGUCGCGCGCGGAAAUUGAAGUGUGCAGUACAAAAGUAUGGGGAUUUUAUGGCGCGACUAGUAUCUUGAGUGAUGUCAAAAAUGCUUUUCUUACCGGCUCUCUCCAUGUAAUACUCACUAGCCAAAAAAUCGUUCCGGUAGAAUCUUUGAAUCUUUCCAGUUCCCUUCUUUUUGUAACAUGCCCUCUUUUUAAUGAUGUUACUAGCCCCUUUGCAAAGUACAGUGGGGGACCUGAUCCAAUGGCAAAAAACGUACCAUUUCGCAUUCGGGAAGUAUCAAAAAUGUGGCAAAAUGCUUCUCUCUCCAAGUGAAAAAACUUCGUUUUGAAGGGCGCACCCUUUCCCCUACAAAAAGAGCGGGCGCGCUUUUGAAAUCGGAGUUUUUUCACUUGGAGAUGGAGGUAUUUUGCCAAAUUUUUUGAUACUUGCCGGAUGCAAAAUGGUACGUUUUUUGCCACUGGAUCAGAUCCCCACUGUAGCUGGAGUCAUUUCCGGGAGAUGCACUUUGCGAAAACAAAAGUUCACUUACAAGGGAAGUACUUGAAGUGUGACGCUCAGAUUUUGAUGAAACUUGGCACAAAUUUAGAAUAAUUUUUUCUAAGAUAUAUGCGGGAAUCCUAGCUCGCGCUUUGCAGAAACAACCGAGAUUUUUAGAUCGAAAGUCGGCGAAAAUUUGGGACUUUUUGCCGAAUUUCGGCACGAAAAGUUUCAUGCCUAUUUCAACCGUAAAGAAUAAUGUUUCUACAAAAAAUCAACUUUUUCCGCACGAAACUGCCAAAGUUAUGGCCAAAAAGCGCUUUUCUCUCUGACCGCUCUCCACGUUGAGCGUGCUCUCUCGGCGGCCAAAAUCGUUCAAUAUCUCGGCGGCGCCCGCAAAGCGCGAGCUAAAACUUUCAGGAAUUGAUAUUUAGUCCAUACCCGAUGUGUGUGCAAAAUUUAAAGAAAAUCUGAGCGUCACACUUGAAGUACUUCCCCUGUUAGCACAGGGAAAUUUCUUGCUCUUUUCACCAUGCAAUAGGCUUUUUUCAGCCAUCGCUAACAGCCUGGCUUUUUCUGCGCAGUGCCGUAUUUAAUAUUAUAUCUUUUUCCAGGUGGGUCGCCACCAUUUCCGCCAAUACCUGUUCUCGGUCCACGCCGAGGAGAACCUGCGCUUCUGGGAGGCGGUGGUGGAGUACCGCGCGCUGAAGGACAAAUCCGCCGCCAUGCAGAACAUGGGCAAGACCAUCUACAACCAGUACCUGCGCGAGGGCGCGCACAACGAGAUCUUCCUGCCGUUCGGCGUGCGGCAGGGCGUGGAGAAGCUGCUGAAGGAAAAGGAAGUGGAUCAGCACCUGUUCGACAACGCCAUCAAGCACGUGGAGCAGCUGCUGAAGAACGAUCCGUAUGUUAGGUUCUUACAAUCAAAGGAAUACAACGAUCUCUUGGCCAAAUUAAAAUAA